AUGUCUUUCAGAAACGCUUCCCUCAGAAUUGCCCGCACUGCCGGUGCCUCCAUUGCUAAGAGAGCCUUGUCCUCUGCUGCCACUCGUCCAGCACUCAGAACCGCCACCAAGGUUGCCGGUGUGAGAGGUGUCAAGACCAUCAACUUUGGUGGUGUUGAUGAGGUUGUGUACGAGCGUGCUGACUGGCCAAGAGAGAAGUUGUUGGAGUACUUCAAGAACGACACCUUGGCCUUGAUUGGUUACGGUUCCCAAGGUUACGGCCAAGGUUUGAACUUGAGAGACAACGGUCUUAAUGUGAUCAUUGGUGUCAGAGAGAACGGUGCUUCCUGGAAGGCUGCCAUUGAGGAUGGCUGGGUUCCAGGUGAGAACCUUUUCCCAGUCGAGGAGGCUGUCAAGAAGGGUACCUACGUUAUGAACUUGCUUUCUGACGCUGCUCAGUCCGAGACCUGGAGCACCCUUGAGCCAUUGAUCACCGAGGGUAAGACCUUGUACUUCUCCCACGGUUUCUCCCCAGUGUUCAAGGACUUGACCCACGUUGUCCCACCAAAGAACGUUGACGUUAUCCUCGUUGCUCCAAAGGGUUCUGGUAGAACCGUCAGAUCCCUUUUCAAGGAGGGCCGUGGUAUCAACUCCUCCUACGCUGUCUGGAACGACGUUACCGGUAAGGCCCACGAGAAGGCCCAGGCCUUGGCCGUUGCCGUUGGUUCUGGUUACGUCUACCAAACCACCUUUGAGAGAGAGGUGAACUCCGACUUGUACGGUGAGAGAGGUUGUUUGAUGGGUGGUAUCCACGGUAUGUUCCUUGCUCAAUACGACGUUUUGAGAGAGAACGGCCACUCCCCAUCUGAGGCUUUCAACGAGACCGUUGAGGAGGCCACCCAAUCCCUUUACCCAUUGAUUGGUAAGUACGGUAUGGACUACAUGUACGACGCCUGCUCCACCACCGCCAGAAGAGGUGCUUUGGACUGGUACCCAAUCUUCAAGGACGCCUUGAAGCCAGUCUUUGAGAAGCUUUACGAGUCCACCAAGAACGGUACCGAGACCAAGCGUUCCUUGGACUUCAACUCCCAACCAGACUACAGAGAGAAGUUGGAGAAGGAGUUGGAUGUCAUCAGAAACAUGGAGAUCUGGAAGGUUGGCCGUGAGGUCAGAAAGUUGCGUCCAGAGAACAACUAA